GAUGUAUAUAGACGUUAAUCUCUCUAUAUAUAUAGACGUUAAUCUAUGUCGCUUUGUGCAACGCUUCACGAUAGGCUUCUCUUCUUGGCUAUAAUGGACACACAAAAGCUCCUCUAUUCUGUUCUCUGUUACUUCCUCUUGUCCCUUCUCUCAGGGCAACAAGUGGUACAAGGAAAUGAAGCUCCUCACCACCACCACCACAGCCGCCCAUCAAAGCUCUUUGUCUUUGGGGAUUCAUACGCUGACACAGGAAACACCGGGAAAUCUUGGCCCUCUUGGAAAUAUCCCUACGGUAUCACCUUUCCCGGGAAACCAGCAGGUCGUUUCUCCGAUGGCCGUGUCCUGACCGAUUACGUCGCUAAGUUCGUGGGGCUUAGGUCUCCAAUUCCAUACAGAUUGAGAAAAUUUGGGAUCCCAUUGUUGAGAUACGGAAUGAACUUUGCCUAUGGAGGUACGGGUGUUUUUCAGACCUUAUACUGGGGCCCAAACAUGACCACCCAGAUCGAUUUCUUCUACCGUCUCAUCACAGACAACGUGUUUACCAUCAGAGACCUCCACUCCUCUGUGGCCCUCGUCACCCUCUCCGGCAAUGACUAUACUUAUAUUGUCAGUCGUGUGUCAGCUCAGGGGUUGCCAUCUUUCAUUUCCAAAGUUGUGGAACAACUUAGUGUAAACUUGAAACGCAUUCAUGGGUUGGGAGUGAAAAAGGUAGCAGUGGCAGGCUUACAGCCUUUAGGAUGUCUCCCUGGGAACACGGCCACGUCUUCAUUCCGACAAUGCAAUGGAACCGUAAACUCGCUUGUGAAUUUCCACAACCUCUUGUUGAAACAAGCCGUGGCUCAGUUGAAUAACGAAACCAAGGACUCUACUUUCGUCAUUCUUGAUCUCUAUGCUCCCUUCAUGUCCGUAAUCGACAACAAAGGAAGUAGAAAGUUUGAGAACCCAUUGAAGCCUUGUUGUUUUGGCAUAAGCAGCAAUUAUAGCUGUGGGAGUGUAGAUGAGAGUGGGGCCAAAAAAUAUACACUUUGUGAGGACCCCGAAUCUGCAUUCUUCUGGGACAAUGUGCACCCUACGCAGGAGGGAUGGCGUGCUGUGUAUUCAGCUCUGAAGCCCACUCUGAAACAACUUUACUAGGGUUACCAAAAAUAAAAUGGGGUGGACUAAGACUUAGUUGCUUGUUUCAUUCUUUUGUUUAAGUAUUUCUGUUUCUGUUGUAAUUAACAAGCACGUUUGGGGUUCGGGAUUCGGAUCCCCUCAAUUUGCUGUGUAUUUCAAUCAGUUUAUCCUCCUAUUUAGGCACAUAGGAGAACUAUUUCUUAUUUUCUGUCAACUAGCCAUUGGGGCAGCAAAAUUCUAGUGAUCUCUAUUCUCAAUCUAACCUUGGGUUGGGUUUAGGGUCAUAAGUAAUAACAUUGAAAUAAUAAAAGUUGUUUUCCUUUCUUUUUC